AUGCCAGGAGAAAGGGAAAAGCUACAGCAGGUCCUGUGUCAGUACGUCACCCAUACGCUGACCUACAUGAAAACAGUAAAAGUUUUUUAUGACCAGUUCUCUGAAUGGAAGAACAGCAGAGACAUAGAGAAUGAGAAAAUGAUGGAAAUCAAAGAAAGGGCUGAUGAAAUUGACCCCACUUUUACAAAGUCAGAGGGAAAAUGGGCAAAGUUUCGUAACUACGUGAAGAGCAGCUUCCAGAUGGAUGCAGAGAGCAAAUUUGCAGAACUAGAAAAGGAGCUGGAUGAAGUGUUGAAAUACACACUGGAAGGUCUGGAGGAACUCGACACCUUUGUGGAUGCAGUGGAGAAGCUGGCAGUGACUUCGCUGCAUGUGUUUACUGAGAACCUUGUUUUACACCUGCCUGAGACGAUCAGAUUUGAUGAUGUUCAAGCUGUGAUCAUCGCUGCACGACAGAUCUGCCCUCUCCUCCUGGAGUUCAAACGAGACGCAAAGUCCUUCUUUCUGCCUAACCUUCACAAUGUGGAGGUGCUUACAUACCAACUGAAAUGUUACAUAGAUACCACCGACACCAUAUGGCAGUCUCAUGGCAAAAGGAUGGAUGAGCACUUUUGGAUGGAGUUCCUGUUCCAGAAAGUCUCCCCAGAUUAUUUCAUCAAAAUCGUUGAUGGCCAGCUGCCCAAAAUGCUACAGUUCCUUGACGAGCUGGAGGAGUGUGCUGUUAAGUUAGACAGCAUGAACAAAGGAGCAAAGAUCUCCAGUGUGACAGGCAGCUCAGUGGGAGCAGUGGGAGGUGUACUUUCCAUUGUUGGCUUGGCGUUGAUUCCAGUUACUGCAGGAGUCUCUUUAGGGCUGACAAUUGCGGGUGUGACAAUGGGGGUAACAAGCGGAGUCAACAGUUUGGUAACCACCUUAACAGAGAUUGGAGUUAAUCAUACUCAGCAGAAAAAGGCAAAUGAAGCCUUUCAAAGCUUCAUGGAGGAAUUCCAAAAGAUCCAGGAAUGUCUCAGUGAGGUGAUGAAACAAUCAUCAGACACUCUGAAGCCAAAGAAGAUAAAUGUGGUGGUGGGAGUUGGGAAGGCUGUUAAUAAUGUACCUGCAAUAGUAAAGGGUGCUGAUGCCAUCGUUGAUGCUGCUUCUGCUUUAAAGGCUGCAGGAGCAGGCAAGGCCUUAGAUGUUCCUGAGAUUGGUCAGGCGGUAGUUAAAGGGCCUCUGGCUCUCACCAAGGGGGCUAGAGCUGGUUUCAUUGCACUUAAUGCCUUCUUUAUUGGCAUGGAUAUCUUCUUUAUUACCAAAGACAGCAUGAGUCUGGCCAAAGGCAAUGAGACUAAAGUCUCAAAGUUCCUUAGAGCCAGAGGUUCAUUACUACGCUCUCAGAUAGAAUCAUGGGAGAAGAUUCGCAACUCUUUGUGUCAAAGCAAAAAGACUAACAAAGAAAACAGAAACUUCCUCCAAGAGCCUUUUUAUCCAGGCAUAAAGAAGGGAUGGAUCUAAAGUUCUCAAGAGAAUAAAAGUCGAAGACUUGUCUGGUAGGCAUUGAAAACAGUAAAUCUGCCAUAAGCGCUUUACUGAAGUUGCAGACUAUUUCACUGAUAUACUACAAAUAGAAAAAUAUAAAACCAAUCAGUUUGACAUACAUUGCUAACAUGGUAAGGUGUAUAACUUUUUGCGUUAAUAUGUUUGAAGAAAUUAAUAGUUUAUCAUUCUCUUUUACCUACACAAAUGCGUUAACACUGAACGUGACCAAGGUGAAUUUUUUGCGUUGUUCGCCUGUUGUUAGUCGCUUGACUUUUUACCUCUCUCUCGCAAACAGUUUGCACAGACAAUGCAGCAAAAUUUCGCCCAGCUUGCUUCACUGCAUCAUCAAACAGGAGUAUCCAUAUGUUUGCUGGUUCCUCUUGUCUGUUCAACUCACCGUGCCGGACCUUAAUUUUACCAAUCGAGUCACAGUGCUGUAUGUGAUGUGGAAAACUGAACAAUGGCGCCGUGAUCCCUGUCUUCUAUAGAGACGUACCCGGUUCAGCGAGUACCGCCU